GUAUUCGAGUAUCCAGUGUCCGGUGUCAAGUUGGCGGUAUCGUAUGAAAUCCGAAACUUGAUUUAAAGCUUUGUUGAACUUGCAACAUAUACUGUUAUCUGAUUUUUAUAAUUUCUUAUUAAUGAUCAAAAAAAUUAUUCAUAUUUAUAUUGCUAUUAUUUUUCUUAUAAUGACGUCAUCAUGGCGUCUAAUGAUACGGUGAAAGACGAAGAUGAUAUCAAAAUACAAGAGACACGUGCAGAGACACCACCGCCAAUAGGAGGAUAUCUUCAAGUUAUGAAUUCUUAUGGUCGCGAAAUAUUUUUCGUGAUUGCAAUCGUGUUUACUGGUAUAGCAGCUCUUCAAAAUAGUCCCUUGAAAACAAAAAAAGCAAAUCCUCCUAAAAUAUUUUUUGAGCCUCCAUCUUUAGUCACAGAUUUUUACACUGGUAAUUUUAAAAAUUUAUAUGCUCUUAUUUCGGAAAAAGAUGUUUCCCUUAUCAUAUAUUAUGCACCAUGGGAUGCAACAUCCAUGCAAGCCAAAGAAGAAGUUGAAACUGUUGCCAGAUUUUAUCACAAUGAGGUAUUUUUUGCUGCAAUAAACUGUUGGUGGCCUGAAGGGGAGUGCAGAAAAAAAUUUACAAUACAUUCUUAUCCCAUAGUAUUAGUAAAUGUACAUGAAUUUGGGCUUAUUCGGUAUGAGGGACCAGUUAUAUCUACUUACAUUAUAUCUUUUUUAGACUAUGUCUUAUCUCCUCUUGUGCCUUUGCAUCAUUAUGGAGAAUUACUUGACCUCCUCACCAAACACGAGGGUGUCCUUGUUGCUUAUCUAGAAUUUAAGGAUGGCUCUUAUCCUGAUGGCUAUAAGCAAUUUUACUAUGCUUCAUUGAAUUCAUUAACCGCAGACCCCUAUAGAAGGAUCUGUUUUGCUGUGGUAACAAAUAGACGUGAUGCUACAAACUUAAAGUUGAAAUCAGUUCUUCAGCUUUUUCUAUGGAAUUCAACAGAAAUAUAUAAUGAAACUUCAAUAGAACAUGCAGAAGUUAUUAAGUGGGCCUACUCCAAGUUGCAACUGGUAACUCAGUGGGUGUCGCCACCUGGGGCUAAAAGUACAGCAUUAUCUGAGAAAAUAGAAAAAAAUCCAACUGUAAUUUUGUUCACUCCUCGUAACUUGUUGCUAGAUCAUUCGCCCUAUUACAAUCUUUUUAAGGAAGUUGCUCUUGACUACAGUAACUGUGAAAAAACAGGUUUCAUUGAAUCUCUAGUUCAUCGCAUGGUUUUGCAGAGGCAUAUUAUGCAAGAAGAGUUUUCAAAAUCACUUAAAAAGUGCCAUAAAAAUGACACCAAAACACAUCCCAACAUAUGCAGUCGACGUCCUGACCUCUGUGACCUGACCUGCUGCCAAAAUGCAAACUUUAAUCUGAAAUUUAACACUUCCUGCUCAUGUAGGGUCUGCUUACACCAUGUCGUCAAGAACGUAGAAGAAAUGAAGCUUUCCGAAUGUGAAAACACCUUACACCUGAUUCUAAAGAAGUUCAACAUCAAAGAACUUGGUAAAUUCAAGCAGUGCCGGGACAUGGAAGUUUCCUUUCCUGUUAAAUUCGGUCAGUAUAAGCAACUGAGCUUUCACUGUGAGGAUGGCUCUAAGGAUUCUGUUAAGCUUUCUAGAAAGCAAAUAACAGAAAAAGAAAUAGCUGAAUUAAAAGAUGACUUAAUUCUAACAAUGAUUCAGAACAAUGAGAAAAGGUUGUGCCAUCGCUUGAGAUAUGCCUUAAACUACUCUGAGCUUAAUUUUCCUAAUUUUCCAGCAUCUUCUGAUCGCAGCUCUUGGCUUAGCAAUUUCACAGGCCUCGGUUGCCGUACUAACCGAUCUUUAACUUUCAUUGCUAUGGACACUGUGCUUUUUCACAGCUUUGCAGAAAAUUUGGGAAUUGAUGUGUCAAAUAAUUUGCACCAGACAACUGCUGUGAUAAUUGAAUCAGCGCAAGAAUCUCAAUUUGUUUUAAAUGGAUUAGUUAAUAAGAAAACAUUAGUGGAAUUUAUUAGAAACUACACAGACGGAAGCUUAAGCCGUGACCUUAGAAUGCCAAUUCGAAAAUUGAAAGAUUGCAAGAAAGAUGAUAAUUCCAAUGUUUGUGUAGAUGAGGUGACAACUGCAACUUUCUUUGAUAUAGUAUUUGAUCAACAAGAUGUUAUUCUUUACUACUAUGCUUCUUGGUGUGGUGCUUGUAAAUCAAUAUCUCACAUCUACCUACGUGUUGCUGACUACUUUUCAAAUGUGGAGGGCAUAAAAUUUGUUCGGAUAAAUGGUGAAGAAAAUGAUUUACCCUGGGAGUAUACAGUUGAAAAAUAUCCCACAAUAAUAUUUUUUCCUGCUAAAAGAAAAGCUGAUAGUGUCGAGUUUCCAGCACACAUGGAAAUCACUCUUACCAACCUCUUGCAUUUUGUCCUCAUACACUCCCAACCUAAAGUACGCUGGCUAGUGUCCAUGGAGAUGUGCAAUCGGGAUUGUGUUGCUCACAACCUCAUAAUGUCUGCAAAAGAGCAAAGACGAUUAUACAGGGAGCUCAAAAUUCUUACCAAUGACCUGCAUUUCGCUCAAAAGGUCAUCCAUGAACUCCAGCCGGGGAGAAGUGCAAAAAUUAGUAAAGAUGGCAAAAAGCCAAAUAUAAAUUACUUAAAGACAGUUUAUAUAUCUAGUGUGAUAGAGCGCAUUCAUAAGAAGAGAUUGCAGAUAUGGAAAGCUCAAGAACUGCAGAUGGUUUUAAGAAAGAAAAGAGACAUUUAUCUUCGUGAUGCAAAAGACUCUGAUAGCAAUAAUGUAGAGAAAGGAACAAAGCAUAAAAAAUCGAAGGCUAAACAAAAGAAAGCUAAAGAUGAGUUAUGAUGUAAUAAAUUAACUAGGUUUUAAUAUUAAUUAUUUUUAGUGAAUUUAGUGCACUAGCCUUUUUGAGUUUUUUUUUUUACCUUUUAAGGAGAUAUACACACCCUGACACAAAAAGUUAGAUAUUUUUAUAAAAUUUAAAAAAAGUAUGCUUUUUGAAAAAUUGUGCACAAAUACUGUUAAGCCAUGAACAUGCGCCAGAAGAACGCUGGUGACACAAAAUGUCUUAAUAUAUUGCAAAUUAACGUACCACCAGAAAAAAAAAUUCUAAAAACCCAGCCUUGUACUUGAAAUCUCCCCAUUAAUCACUGGAGCCUUAUAUUCUUGACCCUUCUCAGGGGUCACUGUCCUCCAUCUUUUUGUAUUGGAAACUUGGUAACUGAUUUGCACUUCAUCUAGUGGUGCCUUAGUGGUUCAGAAUGUAAUGUUGUAUUGUUCCGGUCAGUUUCAAAUCUAUAAAAGUCUAUGGGUAAUUGGAGAAUGAGGUGUUUACUAUGACCCUCUCGUCACGAGAAUAAGAAUGAAUCUGAGACUGUUGCCAAUUGCCUUUAGUGUAAUUCUAGUGCAAUAGUAAUGACAAAGCAAAUCUAGUUUCAAACGUUUCCUUUAUUAGGGAUGAUACUUUUGCAAGCGCAAUUGACAUGUGUCGAAUAAUUUUUGAUGAAAAGGUGCCUUUCCAUAGCUGUAAAUGCAUUUACAUAUUUUAUUAUUCAAUGAAAAUUUUCCAAGCUGUAUUUUGAGCUAGCUUUUCCCAUGGUGACUAUUUCAACCCAUUCCUCAUUCAUCUCAUAAUGUUUUUUUAUUCUAAACUAUCAAAUGUUCUUCUUGAUAGUCGUUUUUAGGAAUAUGAAUCAUAUAUAUGAACCCUGUUUUCAGAUAUAUGUAUCCUGAUACUCUGUAUAAAAAGAGUAAAAAAAAAUUAUAAAUAGAUUUAAAAAAAUAAUAAGGGUAAAAAUAUAUAUUUGCUCCUUUUUUUUCAGUUACAAUAUGGAUCUGCAUUAAUUAUAAUGAAAAUAAAAACUAAAUAAUUGAAAAAUUGUGUCAUAAAGUUUUUUUCAAAAUUUCAUCCCAUGACAGCUAGAUAUCAAUACUGAGAGAACUCUACUAAAAUUCUUUAUCAUUUUUAAUUUCCAUUUUAAGUACUAUUCUGUUCUCUUAAAGCAAAUAAAUAUAUUAUUUUUCAUAAUAAUUUUUUUUUUUUGGAAUUCUUAUUUCUCUUACAAACUGCUGAUAAAAAAUAUAAAUUCACAAAACGCAACUUAAUUUAGUUUACCAGGUGUGUAUAACUCCUUGAGUUUGUAAGGAUGCUUAUAUCAAUUGUCGUUUCAAAGUAUUCAAAAACUGAUGUAUUAUGGAGAAUAAAGAAACAAAGUGAUA